CUACGUUAGGGCCAUGACCAUGCGCGCGUCGGCGAUGCCGGCAGUUAGGGGGGAAGUGGGGCGUGCGUCGCAAAAGUGGGUCGUCGCGGUGCUUGUGACGGCGAGUAGUCAAGUUCAAGGCCACAAACAGCAGGGAAGGGCCCACAUUCGUCCAUAGAUGGCGCUACGCGAUUCGAUGUUUGAAAAUUUUGCGAGCUCUGGGGUGCGGUGCGGGGAGAGGGAACGUGGUGCGGGAACAAAUUUUCGGUGCAACAUAUAUACGAUACGACGCUGCACUCGUGUUCUGAUCGUCGCGACGCGUAGUACUUUCGCGCGGAACCUAGACACAGACUCGAGCUAACUUAACACACCAAAAGCAAAAUGGAUUGGAUGGAAAUGGAAGAUGUGGUACAGAUGAUGUCAGCGGUGAGUGGCGAUCCCUUGCUGCGACGUGUGAAGCAGGAAGCUGAACCCCCACAACAAUACUCACCCCCAGAACCACAGCCCCCGCUUACACCACAGUUGCACCAGAGACCUUUGCAAAUGAUGCAACCUUCUGAGCUGGACAUUGAGCCGAAAGAAGAAGUGAAGUACUGUGUGUCCCCUGGCGAUGGUACUAUAGGGGGCAACACGAGCCCUGAGCAGCAGCAUUGCUCAUCUACCACAGCAGCCGCAGCCAGUGGUGCCAGGGACGAUGACGCGCCGAGGAGACUAUGUCUGGUCUGCGGCGAUGUGGCUUCGGGAUUCCAUUACGGAGUGGCAAGCUGCGAAGCGUGCAAAGCGUUCUUUAAAAGAACAAUACAGGGCAACAUAGAGUACACGUGUCCGGCGUCUAACGAGUGUGAGAUCAACAAGCGUCGUCGUAAAGCGUGCCAAGCGUGCAGGUUCCGCAAGUGUUUGCGUACGGGCAUGUUGCGCGAGGGUGUGCGCCUGGACCGAGUGCGCGGCGGACGGCAGAAGUACCGGCGGGCGCCAGACCAACCCCCGCCGACACCCAGACCGAUGCUGGACGAUAUAAAGGUAUUAUUAUAUUUGGCAAAUUUUGCGUUCACAAUUCUAUAUACUGGAAAAUAUUUUUUAAUGAAUAAGUCCACCUUAUCCUUGGUACGCUCUGUAGUAGCGAAAAAAGUAAUAAGUGCUUCAAUAAUUCGCCAGUCCUGUUAGGUUCUGGGUAGUUCAGUGGUUAGAGCAGUCGCCCGGAUUGCGAAAGGUCGUGAGUUCGAAUCCCAUUUCAGAGUGCCAGGGGAAAAGUGAUUUUUUAAGCAUUUUUCAUUAAGGAUAUAAAUAAAGGUAUAUUAUUAUGUGGAAGACGCCAGUACUGUUGUGAAUAGUAGUUCUAUUUUAUUUAGGCAUUGUAAUCUAUCAGUGUACCAGUGAAAAUAAAUAAACCAAAGUUGCAUAUUGAUCUAAGUACGCAAAGUGAUCUAAAUAUCUUGGCAUAAUUUGUUCUUUGUCUACUAACAAAUUGUUUCGAAUCCAAUUGAAUCAAAUAGUGUUAUAAAGAUUCGUUAGUAGAUAAGUUACUUAGAUAAAAUUGAACUAACAUAUUUCACAUCUUUCAACUUCAUCACCUUGGGCGCUUCGAUGAUUAUGACGCUGACUAUAAGCGAAUUGUGUGUCUCGUAUGCUUAAAACGAAUCGCAAUGUGCGUUCUGUCGGAUGUAACUUUGUUAUCAAUGUUAAUGUUUUGACGGUUUACAACAAUCUCUCAGGAUUAGAAAUUUCUAAUAUUAUAUUGAACAAUGGUUUGAGCACAACGUAAAUCACUACAUUCCUGGUUAUUACUGGUAUUAGAUUUGCGUUUUGUGCCUUUGAUUCAUUUUGAACGAAUGCUGAAAACCAUUUUUCUUUUUUGUUAGGUUUUGGAGGCGCUGGCGUCGUACGAGCCAGAUAUGCUGACAUGUGCCGCGCCCCCAGCCGGUGUGAAUGACCCCACUGCUAAGACUCUGGCCCUCCUCGCCGAUUUGUAUGAUAGAGAACUGGUCGGCGUGAUCGGAUGGGCUAAACAGAUACCCGGCUUUACGGAUCUGCAGCUUAAUGACCAGAUGCGACUUUUGCAAAGUACGUGGGCGGAGAUGUUGAGUUUGAUGCUCGCAUACCGAUCGAUGCAGUCUGGGAGCGCUCUCAGGCUCAGGUUCGCGACAGACCUAACGCUGGACGAGAAACAGGCAAAGGAACUUGGGGCACAGGACAUAUUCACUCAGGUGGUAGGCGUUGCUAAGCGAUUAGAGAGCGCGGCGGCGAUGCGCGAGGAGUGUUACCUGUUGAAGGCGUUAGUUCUUGCUAACUCUGAAGCUCGGAUCGAUGAACACGCGGCUCUACGACGAUUCCGUGAUGCCAUACUAGCAGCUCUCAACGAUGCCGUUAGUGUGCUCAGGUAUAUAAUAUAUAAUUAAUUUUACCAACACCCCAUAAAUUGCUCAGAUUCUAAGAUGAAUAGUUAAUGCACUCAUAUCAUAGAGUAUCAGAAAUAACGAAGGUAACACAAAACAUUAACCCUACUUUUUAUUAAAUUAAAUGUGGAACGGUCAAAUUGAAAAUAUCUUUAUUCAAAUAAACUUAUUUAAAGUACUUUAGAACUUUAAGUUCAACGCUUUUAACACUCGUUCAGGAUUUCUUUUGUCUGAUAAGAACCAGAAAAGAUCCGUAGCGUCUGGAAAAUUUAUUAAUGAGUCAACAAGAUACGUGAGAAAUACCUUUUCACGGUUAAAAUGUAUCAUUUAGAAAACCAACUCAUUUUAGAGUUGGUUUUAAGUACUUUAUUAUAACUUAUCUGCAUAGCCCGGUGGCGUAGUGGAUAAGCGCCGCGGCCCUCGGUCAUUAUUGUUAAGCAUCUUUCGCAAGGGUCGGUCACGGGAUGGAUGACCAAAAUAUUAAAACUCCGUGUUUCAGAAGGCACGUUUAGCCGUAGUCCUGGCUGCGUUUGCGUUGGGCUAGUGGCAAGUGCGUGGUCCGUCCCCCUUAAUCGUUCAUAAGCGAGGCCUGAACCCCUGCAGUGGUGGUGACGUAAAAAGGCUGAUGAUGAUGAUGAAUUUAUCCGCAGGCCGUACAACGCUAAUUCAGCGUUGCAACAGUUGCUACUAGUAAUGCCGGCGUUACGGCACGCGGACGUAGCCGUCCGCCGUUUCUGGUCCGGAGUGCAUCGCGAUCGGCGCGUGCCAAUGAACAAACUGUUCGUAGAAAUGCUCGAGGCGUGUCUACGGUAG